UGACACACCUGACCAUACAAUAACAAAUCUUUAUUCUUCAGAAGACCACACGUCCACUGUCUAUGUCUAGACGACUACUUGUCGUUAAUAAGAAUUUCAGGUUAAAAAUCGUAGUUUGUAAAGGAGUAUAUCAACUUCUCGUUGUCACGUCAUGUUUUCGGUUUGAGAACUUUUACUCACAUUGAAGUUUGAAAAUGGAGGAACACAAAUGGUUGAGUGAUUCUUUGGUGAUGCGUUAUUUGAGAUCCAAAGAGAUAAACGACUCAUUACGGUUGGUACACCAAUCUAAGUUGUCAUCCAUGAAAAGUCUGAUUGACCGACUUGGUCUAGAUUACGAACUUACUGGUCAUGGAGGCUGUGUUAACUGUCUGGAAUGGAACAGUGAUGGUUCAAUUUUAGCAUCUGGUUCAGAUGACCUUCACAUCAUACUCUGGAAUCCAUUUUUAAAGAAAAAAAUUGCUAAUAUAGAUACAGGUCAUCAAGGCAAUAUUUUUUCUGUGAAAUUCAUGCCACAAUCAAUGGAUGGCUUAGUAGCUAGUGCAGCUGGAGAUGGACGAGUCAAAAUCCAUUGGGUGGACCAUGCACAAUCUAUGAAUUCCACUCCUCAGACUAGUCUGCAAUGUAAUUGUCAUGUUGGUCGUGUCAAACGUUUGGCGACAGCUCCUGAUAUCCCCUACCUACUUUGGAGUGGGGCUGAAGAUGGGACCGUGAUGCAAUUUGACUUGAGGACACCUCACACAUGUACGAAUGGUCCGUCCAACAUUCUUAUUAAUUUACUAAGCCAUAUGGGAAAACAGGCUGAAGUAAAAUCGAUCGCAAUUAAUCCCAUUCGGACCGAACAACUUGUCGUUGGAGCUAAUGAUCCUUUCAUACGCCUGUAUGACAGACGAAUGAUUAAAAUCACAUCUGUUCCGUUUUCCGCAGAAAGGCCCAACCGAGGUAGGCAAUACUCAUUGGCAACUAAUUCACAAAGUGAAGAAAGUCGUUCAGCUAUUCCGCUUGGAUGUGCUCAAUAUUUCGCUCCGGGUCAUCUGCCUCAGAAGUUGGAUGAUUACCGUCGCCGUUUUCGCUCGUUAGCGUCGACGUAUGUUACAUUCGAUCCGUCAGGUCGCUAUCUUUUGGCGAAUUUAGGAGGCGAACAGAUUUAUUUGUAUGAUUGCCUAACACCAAAUCCCCCAAUUACUCAAGUGCCUCUUUUGGGUAAAGAACCUUUAAAUGGAAUUAAAGGUUUCACGUUACCCCCAGACAUAGAACAAAUAAAAAUUCAGGCCAACGCGGCCUUCCAGCAACGGCAGUACACUACAGCCAUUGGAUUGUACAGCAAAGCUCUCAUCAAAGCACCAAAUUCGCCAGUCUUGUACAGUAAUCGCGCAACAGCUUGCAUGAAACGUAAUUGGGACGGAGACACGUAUGCUGCUCUCAAGGAUUGCAUUAGUGCAUUGAAGAUCGACCCUAACCAAAUCAAACCCUUUCACCGGUUAGCACGCUGUCUAUUAGAUCUUGGCCAAGUGGUUUUGGCCGACCAGGCAUUCAAAUUGCUCAGGGAAAGAUUUCCUCAACAAGCCAAUAGUUCCACGUUCAAUACUCUUCAUGUCGAAGUCCAGAAAAAGCUUGAGCUUGAAGAACAACGUUCCGAGAAGGAAACUGCUCGGAGAGGAGAGUUGGAUGAUGAAUCUGAUUUAUUGGAAGAUGGGGACAAUUCUCCGAGUUUAACAGAAAACGAAAAAAAUUGGAGGGCGCAAUACUGGGACUACUCCAGCCGUUAUUGCGGUCAUUGCAAUACUACCACUGACAUUAAAGAAGCCAAUUUUUUUGGAAACGACGGGCAGUAUAUUCUAGCUGGAUCGGACGACGGAUGUUUUUUUAUUUGGGAUCGUAACACUGGAAUCGUUGAACGAGUGCUGCGUGGUGAUGAAUCGAUCGUUAAUUGUCUUCAGCCUCAUCCUUUCACAUGUAUGUUGGCCUCAUCGGGGAUCGAUUCGGUGGUUCGCAUAUGGUCUCCGCUACCACAGGAAAGAGUCGUCUCAGAUCGUUUGGGGAGUGUGGUACUUGACGCGGAAUCAGCAGCGAUGGCCAAUCAACGACGCAUGAAUGCCGACCCUUUCGAAAUGUUUCUUAUGAACAUGGGUGCGACGGCUGAGGAUGCCAUGCCAGAUAUUACAGUUCGCCCUCGUCGUCCAGCCUCAUCUCCAGACGAUGAUCAGGACGAAGAUCCUCGCGCAGCCAUCCAAUGUCGACAAAGUUAAAAUAAGGGAAUAUAUCUAUAUAUUUUUUCUUUAUCAUUCGAUUGUUAAGUUUUUUUUUGCGCUGGCUCCCCAAUUCGAUGAAUUCUAAGAAAUCCAUGUUAAACUUUAUCUCGCCUUGAUGAUUAUACCUAACCUGUUUGUUACUUAUCGAAUAGUCAUUGAGAUAGCUUGAUUCUCACAAUUAUUGGAGCAUCAGUCACCAUAACGAAGCAGCAGUUAAAUGCCAAUUGUACAACAGGUUAGUUUUCUAGUCUUCCUACUUUCUUCCUUUUUAGUUAUUUGUUUUCUCUUUUUUUUUGGCUUCACAAUUGCAUCUGUACUACACACAUUUGAUGACAAAAAGACGAUUCCAUUUUGCAACCGAAAA